AUGACUACUAGAACAUUCUUUGACACUUUCAAAUUACAAACAACGAACCUGCUUGGCCCAAGCCUCGGGUCGCUCGGAAUACUUGACGAUUUCGAAUCGGGCAACACAGAUUUGGAGGACAUCAAUCCCUCACUGCUGACCGGACAAGUAGGUAACACCCGCCAAGGAAUCACGGAAUCCCUUGCUGUUUUUAACUUCAAAACCUAUCUCGAUUCUUUUAGUUUUGAUCAUGGCGUGAAAUCGCCGGUGGCCGACCUGGAUUUCGCCAAAACCUCCAAAACCACACUGGAACAUUCGUCUCCUUUAGAGCUGUCGGCCUCUCCGCAGACUGCAAAUGCCAAAAACCAAAUGGAAGAGGAAUUGGAAGAUUUAUCACUAGACGAGAUCGACUCUCAGGUGAGAUCCAAUAUUUACGAGGCGUGGAGGGACCACGAGAGGAUGGAAGAGGAUGACUUCGAUAUGCACUUUGAUAGCAUCCCAGAUGGGCUUCAGUCGCAGGACAUGGAGGAUCUGGUUGCGUUCGGUGUAGGUUUUGAGGAUUUUAGCUUUGACAAUAUGGUCGAAGACGAGGAAUGCGAAGUUGUUAGUGAGGGCCAGAUGGGCUCCAGUGUGGAUAGAUACGGAAUAGAACAGAGACAGAAAAUUCUGGGGAACAGCCAAAUUCCAAGACCGCAGCAUGCAUACCAAUUUCCAUCGUCGAGAAUAUCAAAGCCAAGCGAGCUUCAGAACGGAUUCCAAAUCCAUUCCGACUUUGCCCAAUCACAUCCCACCUCGUUGCCCUUUGCCAGGAAGUCCUCGGCUGCUGCGGCUACUCUUUCUGAGGUUACAGCCAGAGACCUCAACUUCGACCACGACCAUGAUAUACACUACGAGACUGAGACUGGAGUAACAGAUUCCCCUAAGAGAGUAUGCAAGCCAUUGCAUUCCAUAAUAAGCAACAUCGCCAGACCUGUUCUCAUGCACAGGAAGAACACUCUGAAUCUCAUAGUGGAUGCGGAAAACGGAGACAUGGACGAUGCCACCAAGUAUGCCACCGAGAUCAACUCGCAGAACUGUGAGGGCAUCCCCAUCCCAGAACGUACGAACGAGCUGGUGACAAUCCCAGCUUCGGGCGAAGGACGUGUUCGCAAAGCCGCACUAAUUAGGGCCGUCCUGGUCAGGAACCAGCACAGUCAAGGGCAUGCAAGCACGAGCCGGGCUGGCUUCUAUACCGAGAGCGAGCACGAAGCGUACAUGAUGCAGCACAACAAUGGUACUGCUGACCAAUGUAAUACUAGGAACGGCGUGUCGAAAGUGGCACUAGUCGGCGAUGAUAAUAAGGAGAAUUCGAGGCCAAUGAAGGGCUAUCUGAAGAAAACGCCGAUGAAGUCAAAGUUGCGCACAAAGAGGGUCCAAUGGGCAACCUCGCUGGAGUGGUGA